GUAAUUCACAACCGUAUACUAUUUUUUUUGUUGGUUUAUUAGAAUAUAGAUAGACAGAAUGAGUUUUAUGCCUCAGGGGUCCAACCCAGAAACAGCCUCAUUCACAUGUAACACCUGUGGAAUCAAGUUUGUCAGUGCUGAAUUACAACGGCAACAUAUGAAGACGGAAUGGCAUAGGUAUAAUUUGAAAAGACGAGUUGCGCAAUUGCCUAGCAUAAGUUCGGAAGUGUUUGCUGAGAAGAUCUUGAAUCUGGGCCAGUAUAAAUAUGAAAAUGGUCGUGAGAAUGAAGACGAGUAUGGGUUUUAUGUUGCUAAUCGAAAGAGAAGAUCUACUAAUGGGAGACAGAUUACUAAGAAGUCGUUAAAAUCCCAACUGAGGAGAAUCGGAAGGGGUGCUUCUACCCCUGUUUCACAUCAUGAGAUAGAAGCAGAUAAUGAGGAGGAUGAAGAAGAAGAAGAAGAAGAAGAAAUAGACGGAGUUGAUCAUGAUGAAGUUAGUUCGCAAUUUUCCCAGUUUUCAUUAGACGACCAUGAUGAGUAUCAUGAAGUUGAAUCGGUAGAUACUGGAUCUGAGUUGAAUUAUACAGAAUCAGACUUUACUGAUUUGGAAGGGGAAAUAUUGUCUUCAGAAGAAGAUAGCGAUUUAGAGAUCUAUGAAGAGGAGGCGGAAGAUAUUGACGAAUCUAUGGAGGAAGCAAAGGCUAUUCCAAUAACACACUGUUUCUAUUGUGGUCAGAACAAUCAUGAAAUGGAAAACAAUAUCAAGCAUAUGUUUAGUAAGCAUGGGUUAUACAUUCCCGAGAGAUCCUUCCUUAUAGAUGUUGAAGGUUUGCUUAGCUAUCUUAGUGAGGUAGUUUCCCUUGAUCAUGAGUGUUUGGUUUGUGGAUUUGAAGGAAAAAAUCUUGAGAGUAUCAGACAACAUAUAUCGUCCAAGGGACAUUGCAAGAUCCCCUAUGAAACCAAGGAAGAGAAGUUGGCAGUUGCUGAGUUUUAUGAUUUUAUGGACCACGACGAAGAACAACGACAACACGCGAAGGCUCCAUCAAAGAAGCAUGUUGGAUUCAGCGAUGAUCCCCUGUCAUCAGCUGUGAUAGUUGAAUACCUUCCGGCAGAAGAGGAUAACGAUGAAGAGUUGGAACAAGGUGGUAAUGGAAUCAAUGAUAAUUAUGCUUUGGUUCAAGUGGAUAGAUCUGGAGUUGAGUUGACUACACCUACCGGUUCAAGAAUAGGUCAUAGAACAAUGGCAAGAUACUAUCGUCAGAAUAUCCCCUUGCCAAGAGAGCCGACCCAGGGACAACAAACUCAAGCAUUAGUGGAUCGAAGAUUUGCUUCUGGACUUGAUGUGUACCAAGUUACUAAGCAAGAAAAGGAGAUCAGAAGAGCUGAACAAAGAGCCAAGAAUGAGAAGGAGAGAAGAACAAAGUCAUCUAAAGCUAAUUAUCAAAAGCAUUUCCGUGAUGAAAUCUUGGGUACCUAGAUAUAGCCUGGUUAAUGUUUUGUGCAGUUCACACGACUAUAUU